AAAAUUUUGAGUGACGGUCCAAUCUUGACAUUGACUUUUAAAUGUAACAUAAAAUUUAACAUUGAAACGAUGAGGAGGCAUUAUUAUGAUAGUACGGUUUUUACUGAUUAAUGUGUCUGUUCUCAUCUUAGCUGUAACGAUGGUGUCUUCCUUGAAAUGUUACCAUUGUCAUCACGUUGGAGAGGAGGUGGGAUGUCCAAGUAAAGAAGUCAAGGAAUGCACCCCGGGCAACGAUUCAAAUAUUCUAAAUGAGAGUCCCAUGUGUAGAACGUUAACACAAUAUUUGUACUUUUUGAGCGGAGAUAAAGUAGUGAACGUACAUGAGUGCACAUAUUACCACGGCGACGCAGUCGUUUGCCUGAAAGCGAAAUACUCGGGCAGUGAUGCUAAAGACUGUUAUUGUGAUACAGAUGUAUGUAAUACUAGUCCAAAAACGGCAUUCAGCGUUUUGUGGAUAAUUGUCGCGUUAAUUAUUAAGUUGUUAUAAGUUUUGUAAUUAAAAUUUAUUGUACCAAAA